AUGUCGCAGUUGUUGCGCCUCGAGAAGCUGUUUGACCUUCAAGGACGAGUCGCUCUCGUCACUGGAGGCGGCACGGGCAUCGGAUGGAUGAUUGCGGAAGGACUCGCCGCAAAUGGUGCGAGAGUGUACAUCACUGGCCGACGUAAGGACGUCCUGGAACAGGCUGCAGCGAAGUUUGAAAAGGAACACCGGGGUGAAGGGGCCAUUAUACCAUUACCCAUGGAUGUGACAGAAAAGAGCAGCAUUUCUGCGGGACAGGAAGUCAUCGCUUUGAAAGUAGGGAGAUUGCAUAUCCUAGUGAACAAUGCUGGGCAGACCGGACCUGUUACGCCUUUCCUCAACGAUACGAACGCACCAGAGCACAAGUCUCCGGAAACGCUAGGACGAGCCAUGUUCGACAGCGCAUCGUUCAAAGACUGGUCUGAAGUGUUCAGCGUGAAUACAUUCUCCAUCUACUUCAUGACGACUGCUUUCCUGGGCCUCCUUGCCAAAGGCAGCAAGGACGUGCCUGGUUACACUUCGUGUGUCGUUAACAUUACCAGUAUCAGUGGAAUCAACAAGCUGGGGCAGGUUCAGCUUGCAUAUAACACCACGAAAGCAGCAACUGCACACUUGACGAAGAUGUUCGCAACGGAGCUGGCACUCAAGAAAGUGCCGGUGCGCGUAUGCAGCGUCGCGCCUGGUGUCUACGAGUCGGAAAUGACGUACCCGACUAUCACCCCGGACAUGGUUGACAAGAUUGGCAAGAGUAUUGUCCCUCAGCCACUGCAGAGACCCGGGUCGGCUCAGGAGGUGGCAGGCACUGUCAUUUACCUUGUGUCGCCUGCUGGAUGUUAUACGAAUGGUCAGGAAAUUGUCGUUGACGGUGGCUACACCGCGGUCAAUCCGUCGACGAGAUGA